AUGGGCUGGUCUGAUACCACACCGAUCAAAAUCAUUUAUCAAAAAGAAAUCAAUGCUACUAAUCGAACAACACUCGAUAUAUAUCAAUCACCACCUAUGAGUGAACUAGUUUAUUGGUUUGAACAAUCUAGUAUCAACAUGUAUGGCGAAGUGUUUGUAAAAACAAUUGCUCAGAUGACUAAUUCAAGUGUUAAUAGUGUAUUACCCGUAUAUUGUGAAACUGUACAUGGUAUUGAACAGAUAGCAGUAGCAACUAUCGAUGGUUCAGGUUUAUCACCUGAAAAUCGGAUAACAACUUGGGCUAUUGCACAUGUUUUAUAUAAUGUUCGACAACGAGCAUCUUGGUUUUCAGAGUUUGAACGUGCUUUACCGAUUAUUAAUGGAAUUCGUAUGAAACCUGGAUAUAUUCAGAAUGCUCUAUCAUAUGCUGGCUAUGUGAAUCAUCGAGUCUUUUCAAUUAUUACAAAUAAUUUUAAUGGACAAACGAGUACAAUUCGACGAAAAAUAUGGAAUUUACUUGAUACACUAAAAUAA